AUGACGGACAUUCAGGGUAACGACCAGCCACUGGAGGCUCUGCUGCCACCGCUGCCGCCCCGCGAGGACGCGGCGCGCGUGGCCCGCUUCGUGACGCACGUCUGCGACUGGGGCGCACUGGCCACCCUGUCCACGGACCCGGCGGUGCGCGGCUGGGCCUUCGCCGACGUCCUGUCGCUCAGCGACGGGCCCCCGGGCGCGGGCAGCGGCGUGCCCUACUUCUACCUGAGCCCACUGCAGCAGUCGGUGGGCAACCUGCAGGAGAAUCCACAUGCUACGCUGACCAUGUCUUUGGCACAGACUAACUUCUGCAGGAAGCAGGGAUUUGAUCCCCAAAGUCCCCUCUGUGCUCACAUAAUACUGUCGGGAACUGUUACCAAGGUGAACCAAACGGAAACGGGUUUUGCCAAGCAUUCCCUGUUUGUCCGGCAUCCUGAGAUGAAAACCUGGCCGUCCAGCCAUAAUUGGUUCUUUGCCAAGUUGAACAUAACCAACAUCUGGGUCCUGGACUACUUUGGUGGACCAAAAAUAGUGACACCUGAAGAAUAUUAUAAUGUCACAUUUCAGUGAAGCAGAAUAUGGCAUCUUUAACACCACCCUGGAGGCUGCUUAGGAUGGCUCAUGCAGACCCGAAGGGCUUAAUAUCUCUCUGUAGAAUAUUUCCCAGAUCGGCUUGUUGGCUUUGCUUGCUUGCUUGUUUACAAAAUAGAGUCGCACUAUUCCUGGAUUUCUUGGAAGAUUUGGUUGCUAGAAUUUUUUUUUUCCUCCAAAUUUGAAGCCAUUUUCAUAGAGGGAUAUCUUUCAUUAUGAUCAAGGAAGUUUUGCUCCAUCCGUUCCAAAUAGUUUUCCAAUGGUGCUCCUUGAAGAGGAGCCAGAUUUAGAUGUAAGAACAUGGGUCCUUACCUCCUGGAAGCCACCAUGCUGGGGGAGGGCCUCGGUCCCCCCCGCGCCUGUGCCCAAGCUGCCCGAGCCCGGCGGCGGGGCUGGCCCAUGUGCCUGCGCACCCGCACAUGCGUGGUUGUGCCAGACCGUGGUGAGAUGCUCAUGGCACGUCCUCCUCGUGGUCCAUUCCUGCCUGAUGGUCCCAGGGAGUUGUUGAUCCAACGUAGGGCAAAACUAUUUCUUAUAAAGAACUUUUUUUUUUUUUUCCACUUUUCAAAUCUAAAGUGAUGAUUACCUGGAACAGAAGAAGUUCAUAAACCUUUCCUGAAUUUGAUUUCCCCGUCAAAGUGGACAGAACGCUGUAUAAUCUGUGUCCUGCACUCAAAACACACAGCGACAUACAUGUACACAUUAUUUUAUUUUAUGUUUUGCCCCCAAAUGGGCUUGCGAAACAAAAAAGGAUGCAGGGAAUUUUGUGUAAGUCGUUUCUGGUGUUCUUUCGUAAGUAAAGUUUACCGGACAUAGACCAGCAUAAGCCCGGCCCCAAACCCGCUGCCCCCAGCCGCUCUCUGUAGCUUUCUAAAUAAUGCUGCUCUCAGCAGUGGCCUCAGCUACUCUAAGUCUUUAAAUGGCUCCCGUGCUGUUACUACCUAAUUCGGGUCAUGAGGGAGAAGGUAACAUUUUAAAAAAAUCACAUUUCUUCGGAAAAGAAGAAAAGUUUGGUUUUAUUAUCUAUAUACACGAUUUCAGAAGAUGGUGGAAGAUCCCUCGUGAAGAGGGGUGUCAGGAACCAAGCUGCCGAAUCCUUAAAUGGCUAAGAAAGGAAGAUGAAUAUGAGUUGUUAUGUUUUAAAAUUACAAAAUUAACUUACCUAAAAUCCAGCAAACAGCUGCUGUCUAAGAAACACGAUUUAUAUUGAAUUUGGUAAAAUAGGUUUUUCACUCAAAAUAAUUAAAAGCAUUAUUUUCAUGAAA